AUGGCGGCGGCGCGGGAGGAGAAGAAGAUGCAAAUUUACGCGUCGGCGGCUGCCGCCUCCGGCAGAGAAGUCAGCCCCUACUGGAGAGGUUGUCGACGCUCUCCAGUGCCAGAGCUUUCCGCUCUUCUUUUUUCAAUUGUUUUCCUUUUACUGACUCUUCUGCGUCCACGGGAUCUUUCCGCUCGGUGCAGAGAAGUACGAGAGGGAUGCCGGCAAGUACUGGGAUAAAUUCUACAAGCGUCACCAGGACAAGGUUCGUCGUUUCUUCUGCUUGCAACUUGUCCCGGCGUUAGUAAACAUGUGUCUGCUAUGACGCUGUUUCGGAUUUUGGCGGAGGUAGUUCUUCAAGGAUCGACACUACCUGGACAAGGAAUGGGGCUGCCAUUUCAGUGUAACGACGUUAUUCCCUCAAUCUCCUUCGAUUUAUCUAUUUUUUUUCUAUCACGCAGAUAGUGUUCCUGUUCUAAGUCAACCUAAGUUUCACGCACAAACUGUUUUUCCUCUCAUCUGCAGGCUCAGGAGGGCAACCAACCGGUCGUCUUGGAGGUAACCGGUCACUCGGCAUCUCACAGAUUAGAUUUUUUCCCUCGAAAGAUCGCCUGGAUGAUUUAUAUUUCGUUCUCGAUGCCGACGGUUAUUCCUUAUUACCCCAUAUUUCCUGCAUAGUUCCUUUUCGAGGGCCUUCAGUAACUUUUCAUAGUUCCCCCAGAUAUCCAUGUUUUUUUCUUCGGUAGCACUUUUCUGGGAUCGUCGUUACCUUCUGUUAUAGUAGUUAUCUGAUCUUUUUUUUCCUCCCCUCUUUUCUGCGAGGCGUGAACUAUUGAAAAAUAUCCCCUUUUUUAUUUUUUCAGUUGUAUAUUAUUAGUGGAAUUGUAUUUAUUGUAAUUUUUCGAGGAAUUAGGAAAAGAGAAACUGUGACUUGCUGUCUGCUUGUUUUCAGGUUGGCUGUGGAGCAGGAAACACGAUUUUCCCUUUGUUGUCCUCAUUUCCAGAUAUCUUUGUCCAUGGAUGUGAUUUUUCGGCGCGUGCCAUUGACUUAGUGAAGGUUCGAAUGUCUAUGUAAUGACACUAAGGUUCUAUGUUAAUGUCCUAAAUCUAUUUUACUAAAACAACGGCAUGUCUUCAUGGUGCCCCGAGAAAAUAAUGCGGGUAAUGAUUUACUUUAAAAAAUAUUAUACUAAAAAGUGUCUAUGAUGGAAUGUGUGAAGAAUUUUCUGCAAUGAUGUCCUGUGAUGGUGGCCAUAGUAGCAUUCAUGAUUUAGUUUCCAUUGGAGUGACCCUUUUUCUUCUACUGCUUCAAUUCGUUGGAGUGACCUUUUUUUUUGCUAAUGAAAAGUUCUAGUACCCAGAUUCAGGUUUCUACAGAAAAUAAUGUCAACGGGCUAAUUUCUUUCAAUAAUUCGAUGGUUAUUGAGAAAUUCUGUCAACACUGAUCGAGAACUUGUGCUGAUCUCUUUCUUUGCACGUUGAUGUUCCUGCAUCAGGCUCACAAAGACUUCAGAGACGACCGAAUAAAUGCCUUUGUCUGUGACCUUACGGUGGAUGAUCUAAGUGAGAAGAUACCGUCUUCAUCAGUUGACGUCGUGACGUUGGUAAGCUCAACCAAUUCCCCGCUCUCAAAUCAUCCAGAAUUCAAUCUAUUCGGGUUUCAGAGCCUGAGUUUCACUUUUGACAUGCUACCUUUUUGUUAGAAAUACUGCUACAUGAUUAAUAUCUGACAUAUUACGUAGGUCUUUAUGUUAUCUGCAGUGUCCCCUGAGAAGAUGCCCUUCGUAGUGCAAAACAUCAGGAAAGUCCUCAAAGUAAGCCUUGCACUGCCUUCUACAUUCUAGGGCUGGAGAAUAUUCUAAUCCCCCCUUUAAUUUCUUUAAUUUUUCAGCCAAAUGGGCGUGUGCUGCUGAGGGACUAUGCGACUGGAGACCUGGCUCAGGUUGGCCAGAAUCACUGAUGACUUAUGUCGACCCAAACAUUUCUUAAUGUUCUAAUAAUGGUUUCUUAAAUUGGUGAUUAUCAUGAGGAUUAGGCUUUUAGGGUCUAUCUCAUAUUUCCAAAUUAUUUUCUGUUUGGAUGGUGGUAUUGAUAUUGUGGGAAAACUGCUCAUUGGGCCUUAUUCUUUCGCUCGAAAAACUGACUAGAUCUCCGAAACUCAGUCACUAAUCACUGGCCAACUUACCUGCAAUGCUUCUUAUCAAGCGCUAAUUUUUUUUUUUCCGAUCAAACGUGGGUGUAGUUUGCUCAUUCAUGUCUCCAUCUUGCCUCUGAGUUUGACGUUGAAUUGUGGAUGCUUCGUCUCAGGAAAGGCUCACAUGCAAGGAGCAGCAGAUCAGUGAGAACUUCUACGUCAGGGGUGAUGGCACUGUAAGCAAUGCUAGCAUGUUGGAUCUUCGACUGUGGAUUUUUUUAUAUUUUCUGAAGUCUUGGUUGAAAAGAAAUUAUUUCUGCUUCAGCGGGCUUUUUACUUCUCGAUUGACUUUUUGACAAGUUUGUUCGUAAACAAUGGAUUCUGUACUCUGGACAUUGACAUCUGCCACAGACAAAUACAGAAUCGGUCUCUGGAAUUGGUUAUGAACAGGUAAGAACUUCUUAAAAAUAAAUUAUUUUAAUAAUUUUUGGAACACAUCACUUCAGUUUCUUUGCUCUGUUUUUAAAUGCUUUUUUGGCAAAUCUGUUUCUCUCCGUAAAUUUAUGUUUUUUCUUCUCAGGCGUUGGAUUCAAGCUGUUUUCAUGGCGAUUGCUGACGGAGCUCCUCAUCUGAAAGGAGAAUGAACUCUCCAUCCGCAAUGAGAGCAGAAUGAAGGAAGAAAACCCAGAUGAUCUAGAUAUCUCGGACGCCAUUACGGCCAUGUUUGAUCUUUUGCCAUCCGCCGGCAAGGUACUUCUGCUCCACCUGAUUUCACAAGGAGAAAGAAAAGAACACUUCGAAGACCCUGGUCCAGUGAAUCUUCCUUGGUGGAUGACCGCAGGGGACUGAGCUCAUCGAGCUGGGCGGCCGAACUCUGAGAAUAAAGGCGCUGGCCAAGGAAUUCCAGCACACCUGCAGAUCAACCGGCCUGUUGCUGUGGGAAUCCGCCCGCCUCAUGAGCAAGAUCCUGACCCAGAACCCUUCCAUCGUCUCCCAGAAGAGGGUGCUGGAGCUGGGCUGCGGAUCGGCGGGGCUCUGCUCCAUGGCCGCCGCCCCGUUCGCCGAGCUCGUCGUCGCCACCGACGGCGACCCCAAAUCCCUCCUCCUCCUGAGGGAGAAUCUGACGGCGAAUCUGCCGCCGAUCCUCCUCGAGAAGGUGAUCGUCAAGAAAUUGGUCUGGGGGAGCGAAGAGGACAUGGCGGAGGUGAGCGGCGGCGAUUUCGACGUCGUCAUCGGCACCGACGUGACCUAUGUCGCAGAAGCCAUCUCCCCAUUGUUUGAGACCGCGAGGAAACUGAUCUCCGACACCGGCGCCGCCGCAGGCCGGGGAAGCGGACCAGAAGUCAGACCGGCGGCCUUCAUCCUGUGCCACGUCCAGAGGCGCGUCAGCGAAGAUUCCAUCCUCGAAGCCGCGUCUCGGAACGGCUUCAGGCUAGUUGACCGGCUGGUCAACGGCGUGUGCUCCGGCGGCGGCAUCAUCAGCUCCUGGUUCUCGUCGAGCUCCGGUCAGGAGGACCUGCUUCAAGGUACGGCCGUGAACAUCAUGUACUUCCACCUGGCUUAG